ACCUACGGACUUACCCCUGCUCGUCUUCUUCUUGCAUUUCUUCAUUUGACUUCAGCUAAAUUCCUCACUUCUCUUCAGCUGGGGGUUUAUAAACUCGGAUUCUAAUUCCAAUCCUCAGCUAGUGUCCUCUCUUCGACUUCGACUCAGGAUUUUGUUGGAUAUUCGGCCUUAAUCUCACGCUUUGAGGUUGCUGGGAUAUUGUGGCGGGCUACGAUUCAGAUAUUGGAAUAUGGGGCAGUGCUUUCCCAGGAGUCAGUCUGAUGAAGUUGAUUCAGACCAGCAUGUUGAGUUUGUUGCUGGGAAUGUUAAACUUGUUACCACCGAAGAAACUUGGAAUCAGAAACUGUCAGAAGCGAAAAAAGAUGGCAAGAUUGUAUUAGCAAACUUCAGUGCAACAUGGUGUGGUCCCUGUAGAAUGAUUGCACCAUUUUACUGUGAGCUCUCACAGAAAUACCCCUCUUUAAUGUUCCUGUUGGUAGAUGUUGAUGAAUUGACUGAAUUCAGCACCUCAUGGGAUAUCAAAGCCACUCCUACCUUUUUCUUUCUUAAGAAUGGACAGCAAGUAGACAAGCUGGUAGGAGCAAACAAACCAGAGCUACAGAAGAAGAUAGAUGCUGUUUUAGCUUUGUGAGAUAUUACUUUUAUGGCAGUUCCUGGCAUCAGCAAGAAGCCAUAAACCUUUGCUAUAUUGUGAAUUCUGGUUGCUUACCCUGACUUUUGUUUGAAUAUAUCUGCAUUGUCUGUGUAAUCUGCGUAAAUAUGUCUGACUGAACGAACAGCUUGUGUAUGGAAAGCUUGCAUUUUUUUGUUUUGAUAAGUGGGAAAGCUUGCAAUUUUAACUUGUGAACGAAUUUUACCCUACUCUUGAAAGCACAAUUUUAUUGGGAAAUGAAUUAGUGUUUUUUUU